UAUUUCUUUAACAAAAGCACAACAAAUAUUCAUUGCAUUGGAUUGUGAACGAGAAUGAUAUUGGAAGUCCCACCCCACUCAGCUCUGAUUUGCAGAAAGGCUCAUUGCUAUAAUUUAUAGAAAGGAUCUGCAAUCCCUGUGGUUGCUUUCCCUGUCUAUUAACAUUUGUCUGUACAGUUCCGGUCGCUGGCUGCUUUGGAUUGUUCUACAGCAGUAGAGUCAGGGAUUUUCCACCAAUACUGUUUCUGCGAUGGGUUCAGAGAAACAUUAUUUUUCCAUUUUUUUCCUUUCUACAUCUUCUUCUUUAUGCCUUAAAUUGUAUCUCUCUGUCUUGGUGGUGUUUGCUUUGAGAGCCUGUGCAAACAAAGUAGAUGAGGAAGAUUAUGAGGACACAAUGUUAAAUAGAACAUGGGUCCUGGCACCAAAAGUCCAUGAAAGUGAUGUGACCGAUAUUCUGAAUAAUUUACUGAAAGGAUAUGACAACAAACUUAGACCAGAUAUCGGAGUGAGGCCAACAAUGAUUGAAAGCGACAUCUAUGUGAACAGCAUUGGUCCAGUUGAUGCAAUAAAUAUGGAAUAUACAAUUGACAUAUUUUUUGCACAGUCCUGGUAUGAUAGCCGACUGAAGUUUAAUGGUACAAUGAAAGUCCUCAUGCUAAAUAGCAACAUGGUUGGGAAAAUCUGGAUACCGGACACCUUUUUCCGAAACUCAAGGAAGUCAGAUGCUCAUUGGAUAACGACGCCCAAUCGAUUACUGCGGAUUGAGAAUGAUGGCAAAAUAUUGUAUACUCUAAGAUUAACCAUCAAUGCUGAAUGUUAUCUCCAGCUUCAUGAUUUCCCUAUGGAUCAUCAUUCUUGCCCACUGGAAUUCUCAAGCUAUGGGUAUCCUAAAAAUGAAAUUGAGUAUCGCUGGAAGCACAAUUCCGUUGAGGUUGCUGACCAGAGGCAUUGGAGACUUUACCAGUUUGCAUUUGUUGGCUUGAGAAACAUCACUGAAGUAAUGCAUACACAGUCUGGAGACUAUGUCAUCAUGACAAUAUUCUUUGAUCUAAGUAGAAGAAUGGGCUACUUCACUAUUCAGACCUACAUACCUUGCUCACUUACAGUUGUCUUGUCAUGGGUUUCAUUCUGGAUCAAUAAAGAGGCUGUGCCAGCAAGAACAUCAUUAGGUAUUACUACAGUUCUCACUAUGACAACACUCAGUACAAUUUCCAGAAAAUCAUUGCCAAAGGUGUCCUAUGUGACUGCUAUGGAUCUCUUUGUGUCUGUUUGCUUCCUGUUUGUUUUUGCCGCCCUCAUGGAGUAUGGAACCCUACAUUAUUUUGGCAGCAAUAGAAAAAACACUAAAAAGAAGAAGCCACAAUCCAAACCAGCAAAAUCACCUGCUAUUAAUGUUCGACCAGGAUCAACAUUAAUUCAGGUGAACAACAUCGCACAUCUACAAGAACAUGAUGACUACGGCUAUGAGUGCUUGGAUGGCAAAGACUGUAGCAGUUUCUUCUGCUGCUUCGAGGAAUGCCGUACAGGAGCAUGGAGGCAGGGCCGAAUACACAUCCGUGUUACCAAAAUUGAUUCCUACUCUAGAAUAUUCUUCCCGACAGCAUUUGGUCUGUUCAAUCUGGUUUAUUGGAUUGCAUAUCUUUACCUGUAAAAAUAACAUUCAGUAGCAUAAGCAGAGGAUGAAUAAAUCGGCAGUGGUAGAAUUUUAGCCUAUACAUUGUUUAAUUGUGUUGAAGUCAUAAAAAUGAAAUACUAUUUCACACUUUCCUAAGAAGAAAAAUAAUGUGAAAAAAAUCAAUUUUUAUCAUUAUUAUAUUUGAAUUAGUUGACAUGCUGCUAAGUAUGCAACUUACUUUGAAUUCUUGUGCCAUAUACAUAAAUCAUGCACAUUUUCAAAUAUUGAUAUUUUUCAAAAUGUACAUUUGAUAAAAUACAAACAUUUAUAUUCAUUUUAACACAUGCAUUUUUGUCAUAUGGCAGACAGCUGAUUGAUAGAUGACCCACAUUGCAUCUUGGGCAAUAUCAACACAAUCAGUUAUCAAGGACAAAUCCGCAGAGAAUCCAAUCAAUCAUUCUUAAAUGAACAUUAAGUUUUGAAUAUGAAAUGGAAUUAAAUCUAAUCUAAGCUGUAUCACAAAAUGUUAUCCGCUUUCAAGCCAAUUUUCUGCUAUUUUAUUUAUUGUAGUUUAGGAAAGAUUGUGGUGUUUUUGAUCAAAACUAUAAAAGCAGCUGUUCUUUUAAACCGAGACUUUUUUUCUGUAGUGUGCAGGGAUGUUUUUACUGAUGAUGUAUUGUCAUAUUAGUAAUCCUGCUCAGUACCUGCGGAAUCGAAAGUUCUGAAUAAUCUAUGUGAUUUCAAAUAAGCUAUUCACAUAAGAAAUAUAAAAUUCAAUGUAACAGUUAACUUAGGUCAUUAAUGAUGUGAUGUUAUCAUGAUUUUCUGAUCAUGUUUGCAUUUCAUAAAGACUAAGUGCACUUAACAUCAAUGUGAUCUUGGUCAGCAAGUUGUGAUACAAAGGCAGCAGCCAUUUUAACGUGCUAAGAUUCUUAAAGGAAUAUAUCUCUUGAUAAGCACCUAUUUUUUCUUAGCCCAGAGAUACGCUGCCAGUCUUUCAUUAGAGUGAAUUCACAAUUCAAUUAGCAUAUGCACUUUGCAUCAAUAUAAAGCUGUUUCAACUUUCUAUCAAUGCAAACUGUAUUAUAGAUCACUAAUAAAGAUGUUAGGUCUUAUAACAUAAUAAUUUCCUCCGGUUUAGAAGCUUUGGAAAAUUCCAUUUAUAAAGGGCACAAGAAAUACUGCUCAUCAUGUUAUUCAGCCAUGCUCUAACCCAUUCUGUGGUUGGUAACCAUAAAGGCAAUGCUGCAGAUGAAAGUAACAGUUUAAUUUUGGAAUGAAAUGAAAACAACUACAGAAAAUUAAAUAUCUUCAAUUAUUACCAUAACCUCAAUUAAAGAACAAUAUCUAGAGGCACAACACAAAGUGGAUAUUGGCUUUUUAUAUCUAAUAAGAUCUCUGGUAUUGUUCAUUUCUGGUUGUCAAACUAAAGAAAGUAAGCAAUAAUAAAUUAAAGCAUGUUUUCUUUUGGUAUAAAAUAUACACACAGCGUGGAUUAAAGCAAAUUAUUUCUCUGUUAACCAAAACUCCCAGAUUAAAUAAUAUUACAUUUAUACAGUAUAGCCCCAUUUGCUAUUUAAACUCAAUAUAAGAUCCAAAAAUUAAGUUACUGAUUUUUCAUAAUCAUUAAUAUGGACAUUUCAACCAACAUGCAGUACAUGCUGAGCUUUGACAAUAGGAUAAGUGUCAUUAGAAUUUUAUACAACAAAUGUUAUAUUUUACUAUACAAGUUUUAUCACCAGCUUUUUAGUUUCUUCCAGGUUUCAUCUUUGCUUGAGCAUUCAUAACAUCAGAAAAUGGUAUGAGUUAUUUUAUUGAGAAUUAAGCAAAAAUGGUAUCUGAUUAAUGAGCGCUGCCAGUUCACAUGUAUUCAUGGAGCUCCUGAUUUACCCAUCGCUAAACUUAUCAUAAAGCCAAAUAUAUUUUAAAUAUAUGCACAAUAGCUUGACCUAAUACAAGUACUUUGCUAAAAUACGCAAAGGAAGCAGAACUCAAACCACAAUCAUAGAACUAGAAAGAUAGAUUUAUUUCUUCUUUUAACUUAGUUAAAGUUAAUCGGUUACUCGUGGCACAAAUCAGUGUUCCAUUCUUCCAGCAAAAUGACUGAUUAAGAAAUUCUCUCUGCUGAAGCUGAAAUGGGAACAUUUACCUAAAUACUUGAUAAAUACUAUUUUGAAGUUGUGGUGAUUGAUUUACAAUACCCAUAACCCAUAACGUCAUGAUUGCUUUAGACUUUUUUUUACAGGUUCCUGGUCUGCAGCUGCUGAGUUGCUCAGUGGAUGUGGGGUAAUUUGCAAAGAGGAAGCUUCAAGAAGAGGAUAUUGAUUGAUUUCUUACUGUUUUAAUCAUGUCAGUUUAGGUUUAGAGUUGUAGUUCAUUUGGUUUAAAUAUGAUGUCUUCAUGCAUUCAUGCUCAGCUGAUUGGCAUGUCCUUUAGAGAGGGAGGAAACCAGAAAAGGAAUGUAUGUUUCCUGAAGAGGCAGUUGUAGAAUUCAGUUAGCUUUCUGAGUCUUACGGAAUUCAACCAUUUCAUUAACAAGUUUUGGUCAUCUAGUUGAAUCAGAACUGGAAAGGGAAUAAUUUAAUACCUGAUUAAGUGACAGUGGAAUGUCUAUAUUCAUCAAAGUACUUAAACACGCUGAGAUCUUGGGUACUCAAACAUGAUUUCUUAAGACAAAAGUCAGUUUAUUGAGGUGGGAGAAAUUUGAAUGUGGUUAAAUUGGAGUGAGGCUCCUUGAGGAAAGCAAAGCAGGUAAUAUUUUGCCUUAUGGUGAUGAUCAAUUUGUUUGGUGAUUGGAUUAUCUGAAGCAUUGUCUCUGUCUGCAUCUCUGCUUAUUUGCAGGCAAACCUUUGCACAUCAACAAAUCGGUUCCAUCCUGAGUUGGCUGUGUUCCUUUUGCAGGAGAUAUUCUAUCUAAUUCUCUUCUUAUUUCUGAUGUGUGAUGAUGGAAUAACUGCAGAGUUCAGGUGAUUCUUCCAGAUGAUACUCCUCAGAUAGUUAUCUCUCAGGCAGUUACCUUCUUUUAUUAGCAAGGCUGGUGAUAUCAAAAUCCUUGGACUUAUAACUCAGGACUAAACUAGGUCAUUGGGAAGCAGGUGCCCUCAUUUCCUGGACACUGUACUUUAAGUUGAGAAAUCUAACAGUUUACAUUUUGAUACCCACCAUUUUAAAUAAAAGUUGCAUAUUUUUUCCAGUCUGACUUCAAUGUAUAGAUGCAGAAAUAACUGCUUAAUCCACUUAGUUUUAAUGCCCAACUUGAUAACCUAAUUUACAGGCAAUAGAUUUCCAUGAACAGCUAAAAGUUGGGAGGAAAGAUAGAAAGAGGGAGUCGUACAAAAUGCAAGUACCUCAGAGUUAAAUUCAAACAUUGUGACAGUAAUAGUUUCUAAGCUGUAAAGAAUUAUUAUUUUGAAGUAUAGUGAGUUCAUUACAAUUGAGAUUCAAUUUUUUUAAGUUGGCUAAAUUUGUUUUUUUCUUGGACUGUGAAUGUUUACUUGCUUUUCUGAAAUGAAUAGAACCCUAAUAAAAGGUAAGAAAUGUGUAGAUUUCAAAAAUAUCUCUGCUAAGUCAGUAUAUCAGCACUGAAAGUUGCGAAGACUCAUUAAAUGUAUAAUACAUUUAAAUUAUGAGUCAUUCGAAUACUGAAUUCCUCCCCCUAAUGAAUAUCAUGAAACGGAGACUCUGCCCUCAUAUACAAUAGCUUGAAUUAGCUUUUUCAAGGAAAACAACUCUAUGAAGUAUAAUUCUGAAGAAGCUGAAAACGACCUUUGCUUUCAAUAUGUCAAGGAACAUUUGAUCAAUUUUCUCAUUACUUCCCAAUUAAUUUACUACAAAUAAUAAAUCUUCAUAUCAUUAAGAUGUUGUACUGCUCAGCUAAGUUGAGAUCAAUUAUCAAUGUGGAUACAUUGAUAUAAAAUAUCAAAUACAAGACAACCAACUGUGCUAUCACACUUAAAAUGAGAAACAUAAUUAGCCUGUACAAAUCCUAAAGUGUGAAAGGUGAAGCUGCUUAUCUGACUAAUUCCAAGAAAAUAAGAGGAUGUUAAAAGGAAAUUGUAAACAAGUUAUUAAAACACUGUUCAGAGAACUAAGCAGAAGACUGGGAAUCUAAGUCUCAGCACAAAAAAUUAUCUGUAACUUGCAUAAUAAUUUUCCAUAAUGGGGUGCAUAAUUCCAUUAUGUACACCAUUAUAGAUGCAAACAGCCCCAAAACUAAGAACUGUGGCUAAGACUUAUGACUAAUUACUCAAUUGAAAAACAACUGUAUAUUUUGUCAUUCUAAAGAUAUCCCAAGCAAAAUUAAUUAGCUUUAUAUCAGAUAGAGAAAUUGUAGAUCAAUUGACAGGUGAAAAGCAGAAUUAUGUAUUAUAAAUAAUACUUCACCGUGCAGGGAAAGGCAAUGAUAAGAUUUAUAAAGCACCAAUAAUCACUUUAUGAAAAUCCAUAGGCAUUGGAAAGGUAAUCUUCGAUCGGAAGGUGGUGCCUGUACUUAGAAAAGCUGAUAAAAUGAAGAACACCUGACCCAUUAUUAUUACUUUGUUUCAAGGACAGUAAUGGAACUGAUUUUGAAUGAGUAAGGUGGAAUCAUUUUUAAAACAGUAAUCUGCUUGAAGGAAGUCAGCAUUGAUUUGAAAGGGGAAGAUGCUAUCUAAUGCAUGUAAGGAAUUCACCACAUGAAGGAUUGCAACUGAUCUUACACUGACUUGCAAAACACAAUAGAUAAAAUUACAAUGAAAUACUAUCAAUAAAGCUCAAAAGAAGACCCUGUAUAAUAAAAAAAAAACAGGUUUUAAGAACAGGGCACUGUGAUCACUCCUUUACACAUAUAAGACCAUAAGACACAGGAGAUAAAGUAGGCCCUCCAGACCAUCGAGUCUGCUCUGCCAUUCUAUUAAAUAUAUUCUGAUAAUAUAUUAGAAUUUGGUUGUAGUACCUUAGAGACAAUGAAUGAAAGAAAAGCCAAAGCAGAGCUAAGAUGGCUGCUGAACUGAAAAGAAAAGUAGUAUUAAGAUGAAGAUGAGAGGCUUUUCUGAUUUUGCUUACUUCAGUCAUUUAUGGCAAUUGUAAUAUUGCAUUCUUGCCUGUGAAAGCAUUUCUAGUCAUUACACGAUCCAGCGGCUAUCCUUGAUGGUCACACUCAGUUUCCCAUUAUAUAUCUUAUUCACAAAUGGUCUAAGUCUGUAGUUUUGAGGGUCAGAUUUGUAACUUUUCUUCUUCAUUAGUAUUAUUUAACUAAAUGUCAAAGUACAUGGAUUUAUGAGGGUGCACAGAAAAAAGUUGUGACAUACUCAUUGCCAUAAUUAAAGCUGGAUUAUUUAGAGCUAUUUCAAACAUCCUGGAAAAAAUACAAAACCAGAAAAACUUCAGAUUUAAUUCUCACCUUCAUGUUAUUUAAGAAUGAAGUAAAAGUACAAUCAAGAAGCACUACAUUGCCACCUUUGAAAAAUGCUACAUAAAAUGUUUUAAUGAGUGCAGGGUGAAAUGGUAUAUGUUUCCAAUAUCCAUCCAGAUAAUUUGAAUGAGUGAAAUCCCUUCUCAUGCUUAAUUAACUAUGCAUUAGAAUUCUACUAUUUUACUACUGUCUUAACUAUCUAGUUGUUGUUACCAUUAAAAUGAUCGAGGUAUUCAGUAAUUUUACAUUGUAAAUGAUGUUCUGUGUUCUAUUUGAUAUCUGCAUUGUAUUCUGUCUUAUUGCAUGACCUAACUAUGAAAUGUAACUGGUAGUUUACUGAUUCUCUCAAAUGGAAAUCCUAUUGUCUAUUGAUUUAGGAAUGUUAGACCAAAAAAUGAUGCUGUGUAGGUAGACUUUUUUAAAGGAAAGCCUAACCUAACUAUAAUUAGAAAAUAUGUAGUACUCUUACCUAUUUGUGUGUCUAUAUGUAUUUUUUUUGCCUCCUGUGAGGGAUGUUUUAAAACAAGGUUACAAACAAUUGAUGGACUGCUGAAUUGUUCAGUGAACUGAAUAGAAAUUUAACCGGUGUGUAUUGUUAUAAAGCAGCAAUAUUAAUAUGUCACUAUUGAUAUGGGUCAUUUAGAAGAACUUUCUCAUUUUAAGCUGUUCUUUCUAAUUUUCCUGAAUGUAUGCACCGAUAUUGGAAUGUUAGAUAAUUCACAAUACAUGCCACUGAGACUUCCUUCCUAAGAGGGAAUUUUCUUGGAUCAAAUGAUCCUAUAGUUUGAGAUGACUUUCUUCUACAAAAAAAGGCUCCUAUUGCACUGUGUGUGGGCAAAGAUGGAAAUUUAGUUCAAGAAAAGAAAGCAAAAAAUUAUUUUGCAAUAUUUAUAGAGCAGAGAGUUCUGCUAGUGUCUUGGCCAACAUCCCACACUUCAAUAACAUCAAAAAUAAAUUAGCUCAUUAUUCAUCUGAUGUUUGUAAGAUUUUACAUCAAACUUCUCACAGCAUGACAGUUCUGGUGAAAACUUUUGUUUUGUUGUAUGUAAUGAAAGAUCAAUAUGGUAGUCUACACAUGUCAAACUGUACUUUUGAAAUUUGUUUCUGUUGAAGUUAAUGCAACUGUAUUUCAGAAGUCUUCAACUGGGUUACAUAGUGGGCCAGUUCAUGUUACAAGCACCUCUGCCACAAUCACCCGCCUAUCACCCACCAUCCCUCCCAACUCUUCAGCUAACCUUAUAGCUGUGUAUUCUUGCAAUGGAACUCAAAAGAAAUAAACCAUGUGAAGGCCUUUCUGAUUUUGUGGAGAGGGCACGAAAAGGUCACUGCCAUCAAAUAUAACUUUAACUAUUUAAAAUAUUUCUGAUAUUCAGAGACACUGAAAUAACAUUAAAAUGAAAUAAAAUAAUCAAACAUAAUGUUUUAAAAUAUAUAUUUUUGAUUAUUUUAAUUAAACAUAGCAGAUUCCUGUAAAUUAAAUCAAACAUAUACCUGGUAAAAUAACAAAAAUAAGCAAAAUACUUAACCAAAACUUGACCUUUUAACUUAGUUUUUAAAUGAAGGUUGCUAACCCAACUAAAUGAAUGGAAUAGUACCAGCCAUGUUUGGUGAGAAUCUGACUGUUUAGCCAUCAAGUAUGUCUAGUCCCUUUGCUCAGUAUGUUUCGAUACCAUGCUGAGUCCAGGGCUGGAGUUGGCAAUCAGUACUGCAGUAAUCUGAUGCAAAAACAGAAAGCACAUUGAACAAAGGAGAUACUUUGGCAGUGCUUCACAGUGAAGCAUGAUCAGCCCAAUUCAUUCACUGCAUAUUGUAGUGAAUGAAUUUCUAUCUCCUGAUUUUGAAAUGUUUGUUAUUAUAAAAUUUUGGCUUUAUGUUGAAGGAUAUGAUACCAUGGUCUGUGUAAAUGCAGGUUCACUCUUAGUAAAUUAGAAUGUUGUCUUGUUUCAUUGUCACAAUAAUCCAACACAGCCAAUAGUCAGAUUUGACUAUACUUCACAAAUAGGUGAUUAAUAAGUUGAUGAAAUCUUAAUUCAAUAACAAUUUAAUCAUAAUAUUUUCUGAUUACUCUACAUUUAUAUUGUAGAAAAUAUUUUCAGUGAAGAAAUAUUAGUGGAAUUUAAGCUCAAACUAUUCCCAAAUUUGAAAUAUUUUUAAUUUUAUCAUAGCAAUCAUUACUAUUGAAGUGAACAGUGUAAAUGUGGUGUGAUGAUAGCCACUAGGUAUGGCAUUAAAAAUAUCACACAGACAUACUCAACCACAACCAUAAUUGUUCCAUUUUUCCAGACUUAUGCUUCAUUUUAAAAAUUCUUGCUUCUUUUUAAAUAUAUGUUUACAAGAGGUUUUCCCUUCUUGCUGAAGGUUAAAUCACAUUCCACUUUGGAAUCUCAAUUCCAAUUGGAUGGUUCUGCUGCUCCUCCUCGAUUCUUCACUACUUGAAGUUUUUACCUCACACAGAACCUGUGACAAACAACUCUCAUCUCACAGAAAAAAUCCUGAAACUCAAUUCCCUCUUAUUUCUGAAAACUAUGAAAAUUAAAUCAUGUUUUCAAUUCCACCUUUAAGAAAGAUCAAUGUAUGGUACUGAUGGGAAAAAAAUGUCCAGGAAGCUGCUUUGCAUGUAUUUUUAUCAUGCUUUUUUAAAAGUUAUCAGUCAAUUAUGAGUUAAUUAGUUGGUUUACCUGACAUAAGAGCUAUUGCCCUUCAUUACUAAAGAAAUCUAUAGAAAGCCUGGCCUUCUUUCUGUAAUUAAUCGCAGUUCAUUAUUUGUAUGCUGCAGUGCAUUACAAUAAAAUAUCUGAGACAGCCUCAUUACUUUCUUGUUCCGAUGUAACAUUAGUUUCACAGGGAAAGAUGGGAAAUUACAUUUUUAAAGAGUGUUUGAUGUACGAUUGCCUUUGGUGAAGGCUGAGAAAACCCUUUCUUUUUGCCCCUCUUGGCUGAAAGGAGUCUCUGCCACAGAAAGACAAGAUUGAGGGAAACUCAGCAUGUAAACCUUUCCAAAGAUAUAUGUGGAUUUAAGAUUAAUUAUGAUACUAAAUUAAUUUAUUAUACUCAAUGAUGGAUUAAGAAAAUGAUUUGCUUUGCACCAAUCUAUAGUAAAUAUCAUAAUGCUAGUCGAAAUAUAAAAUCUAUAGUCUUAUUCUAGCUCUGAUAAGGCAGUGAUACUUGAUCUUAACACUAAUCAAAAAUAUGGAGAAGCUAUAUGAAAAUGUAAAUACAAAUGAUAGAUAUAUAGUGUCAUUACAGCCAUUAAAAACAGUUCGACAACAUUAAUCACUUAAGUAGAACUUGGUAAUUGUGAAAACUGGUAUGGAAUAGUCUUGUUGUAAUCUUGCUUCACAAUCGCAAUACAUAUCAACCACAGAGACUACAGAUGUAAUAUCCUUUCACAGAAAAGUGAUUGCAAAUGUCUCUGAUUCCCUUUGCUGAAUAUCAAUAUUUUUGUUAGCAUUCACCCUGUGACCUUUUUAGCAAGUGAAACUGUUAACAAGGUGGUUUUACUCGUUUAGAAAAAUAUUCUUAUAUACAAUGCUUUCAAAAAAAGACUAAAAUGACUUAGAAAUAUUUUUGCAAACUUAUCACAAAAUGGCUGAUCUUCCUAUCAGAGCUAGCAUAAGUAGUUUUCUGUAACUGUUGUUGAAAGUUCAAGGUUUGUCAUUGGGCCUUGACUUGCAGUGCUGCCAUUGAGAAAAGAGAUGCCAGUGCAGAGGUUCAUUUCCAGGAUUUCAUGCAUCAGUCUUCAGAACUGAAAAUGUAAAGCUUUGAUCAAAAAGGCUACAUGCAUUGAGCUUGAAACAAACAAAAAUAUAUCAAAUAGAAUACUGUUUCAUUUUUUCACUGAUAACCAUGUGAAAAUGUAGUUGACAUUUACUCUUCAGCAGUACUAUCACAUCAUUCUUUUUCAAUUCAUGUGAUUCCAAUGUAUUUUAAUCUUUUAAUAUCAAAUGCUCUGUGGUAGUCACUUACUUUUUUGCUAUUUGUAGCGAAAGUCUAAACUCACAUGUAAAGAUUGCAGUUAGCGUAUUGCCACUAAAUGCAAAUGUGACAUAUCUUGCCAUAAUGCAAUAUCAUUAGUAGGGCAUUCAUCCUCAUUGUGUCUAUGGCUCAUUUACAUUUAAUUUUAAUAAUAUGCAAAUGAUGAACUUGUUAGUUUACCAUUGGUUGUUCAUGGCAUAGGAUAUAGCAGACACUGUCUGUGAAGGAUGUUUUGAUGGUGUUGUGUGUUACUUAUUAUUUGCCCAGUUGUGAGGAUUAAUGGUGAUGACUAGUAUCCUGUAGUUCGGGUUUCUCUUUAAAUUUCAAUCCAGUUUGUGAUUUACAUGAAAGCUCCAGAAUGCAUCAGAAACUAAAUGUAACUUACAUUGAGAUUCCAUAGUGGAAUUUACAUCAUGUGCUAUUGUCAUGAGCAGCAACAUCAAUAACUUGCAUAUGCUUAGCACCUUUAGCACAAGAACAUCUCUAAAUUCUCUAAUAUUGACAACAUGUGAUACAGGAAUGAAUAUGAGAAUAAAAUAUAGAUUUAAUAAGUGUUAAGUGAUAACAGAGAUUUAGGGACAGAACUCAAGAUCAUUCGUACUUAGAUGCUUAUGACAUCACAACCAAUGAUAAGAGAAUUGGAGGUUGAGGGAGGUCUCAGAGACUGAGAUCAAGAUACAAAAAGUAGUGAAGAUUAAAGCUAUGUCUGGGUCAGACUGCAGAGUUUACCCAUGAUAAUUAAGCUCAUAUCAAGCUUCAUAAUUUUUCUGUAAUGAAAAUGCAUCCUUUCAUUAACCAUCAAUGCCAAUAGAAAUAAAGUGCUUAGAGAGAGAUUGCAUACCAGGCAUUAUUCACUUUCCCACACACUUUUUUGGAACCACAAACCAAGCCAAAUUCUGUGUGUUAAUGACUAGACUUCCACACCCAUAGAUUUAUUGUAUGGUCAAUAAGGAAACCAAACAGCAAAUCUCUCCCAAAGGACCUCUACAAACACAACUAUUGCUUACCCUCUCACAGUUAGUUUCAACAUUUAAAUGUACAUUUUGAAUUUGUACAUUGGUGCACCAGUAAUCAAUGCUAGCUAGUGUGAUGUGUGUCAGACUGGAGAAUUAUUAAUGAGCAUCAUAGGUCCGAACCAGAUGAGGUAGAGUACUUCAUUCAACGGCAAAUCAGAUACAAAGCAGGAAAGAACCAAGGAAACAAAGAAUGGUUUAUGGAGAAAGAUAAGUCAAAGAGAAAAAGAAAUACUCAUUUUAACAAAUAUUUUGAUAUCACCAAUAAAUAAUUAGACAUUGAAGAAGUAAACUGAAUAUUUGUCAAGGAUUUCUUUUGGCAUCAACUCAAACAUAACAAGAUGGUCACAGACUGCAUUUGGCAAGGCUUACAUUUUUGCAGCAAGUUUAGACUGUAUCUAUACUUUCAUUAGAAGAAUGUCACCACCACUUUGAGUUGGACACAAGCUGACACUUUUGCAAAACAUUCAAGGUUAAGUCUACAUCUUCAGUUGUUAGAUGACACAACAUAAUUAGCUCAUAGAAAGAAGCAAGGACUGUGGGCCUCAGUAAAACUCGUGUCUUGCUUUUUAGGGUGAUUGUGACUUAUUUCUACAGGCAUUUUUAUUUUUCCUCCACAGAUAUGUGGCACUAUGUGUUCCACGAUUGAUAUUUGUGUGAACCCAAUAAGAUUCUCCAAAGAAUAUUCUGAAUCUGGAAAUUACUGGAGGCAAAAGACAUACAGGACAGGCAGAUGAUUACUGAGGAAGAAAGGACAAACAGAAGAAAGAUAUGCAAAUAGUGUGAGAUAAAAAAGGAUCAAGUAUGCAGCACAUGUGAAACAAAAAUACUUACAUUGACUUGCUUGGCUGAAGAGUCUGUUUCAACAAUGUAAUUUUAUUUAAUCCUGGGAAUAAUACUGGGCAUAAUUUUGAUAUUAAUUUAAUGCAGCAACCAAAACUGUUCAAUAUAACAAAGAGCACAGACCAUGGUAUGCAGUUUCAAUAACAUUCAUCACUGGAUUUCCUAAGAAAAAUCUCAAGGUUAUUAUUCUGACAAAGCAGUUUCAGUAAAUUACUGGUACAUGUCUUUGUUUUGUCUUUUAGUUAACAUGUGAAUAUUAAUUCUGGUUAAAACUCUGUCUGCAUUUAAGAAGGGCCUUUUAAGUACAAAUCUGAUGCAACAGCAGAAGAUGGAUAUAACUUAGAGUGGUGAAAUUGGCAGCAAUCCUUGCAAUGUAAUUAUCAACUUUGCCCUCUGCUUUUUACUGUAGUAUCAUGUCAUGACAAUAUCCUUCCUGUCAUCAUGGAUACUGGUCAUAACUUUUUCAAUGGUACCCUGUUGUAAAUGGGUCUGUAGAAAACAUCAACAUUUGUUUCUACAGUAAGUGUAGCAUUUCCAGAAAGCCCAAGGUUUAACAUAGUGAAAAAGGAAAUGCAAUAACUUCAUUUUUGUGGCAAUUGCAUGUGAAAUUUAAUGUUCUGUGUUGUCUUCUUUAGCAUACCUAUGUAUUCUAAUCUGCUGAAAUCUAACUGGUUACACUGUGAAUAAUAACAAACUGGUGCCUGCAAACCUUGCUUCUGUGUAUAAUAACAGCUGCAGAAUCCAAUAUUGUUUAGUUAAGUAUUUUACGGGUAAACAAUAUUGCAUGAAAAAGGAAUGAUGACACCAGCUGAAGUUAUGUUUGAUCAGGGCUGAACAGUACUAUAAGAGAACUUGUAUACAAAAUGCAGAUCCAUGCACAAUGUGCUGGAAGACGUUUGCUGCAUGUACAUUUUAUUUCAAACCCCAGUAUUAAACAAGCUGAUUUACUAUUUGCAAUUGAUCCCUGAUUCAUUGUGUAGGCAAAAUGGUUCAUUUUAAUCUGUGAAAGUGAAUAAAAACCAAUCUUAUUCAUGGUG